AUGGAACUGCUGGAGAACCUCAAGUCCCUGGAGUUUGAUCAUGGCAUUCCAGAGGAAGACCGCAGCUUUCUGUGUCUGCGGCACCGCAGCCGGGGCCUGACGCUCAGCGGCUGUGCCCACGCCGUCUUCUUCUGCAAGCUCCUCUGCAAUCUGAGAGAAACGCUGUAUGAAAUGCACGUUUCCAGGACUCUCUCUUCUGACAAGCUGGCAAACUCCGUGUCAGGAGAGAACAAGGGGCUGAAGGUGGGCAUCAUUGGAGGCGGCUCCCUGGGCAAGCAGCUGGCUCACGUGCUGCUUCGGCUGGUGCCCCUCUCUGCGGAGAGCCUGCGGAUCUCCACUCGCCGGCCCGAGUCCCUGGAUGAGCUCCAGAAACUGGGUGUCCAGUGCUUUUACCAGAACUCGAACCUGGUGCACUGGGCCAACCUGAUCUUCCUUUGCUGCCUGCCGUCACAGCUGCCUAACAUCUGUGUGGAGAUCACCAACAGCCUGGAGAAAGCCUGCAUCAUCUACAGCUUUGUAGCAGCUGUCCCCGUCACCAGGUUGAAACUUUUACUGAACCACAACAAUGUCUUGCGGCCCCAAUAUCAGUGUCUCUCAGAAAUGACUGACUUCUGGGGGUCCAAUAAGGACAUCUCUACGGCUCUCCAAGACCCUGUGAUGCUUCAAGCCACCUGCCCCUACUGUUCUGCUGGGGGAAUAACCCUCAACCCCAAAUGGCUGGAGUGCGUGAUCUACGCACUCAUCAACAGCUGCUUUGGGGAGAACAUCUUCUACCGCCAAGUGCUGCUGCUGCUGAAUAAAGUGUUCCUGUCUGUGCACGGCAAGGCCUGUGGGCAAGACCAGAAAACCUGCCCCACAUUCCAGCUUCAGGACCUUGUCAGCAAGGUCUAUGCCGAGAACAUGUCUCAGAAGAGCCCUUUCCCUGUGUUUGAUCUGACUGCAGUACAGCUCAAGGAGACACCCCUGACCCAAGCUCUUUCUCGCAGUGAAGUUCUCCGGGACCAUCUGAACUAUACCUAUUGCCACUUAUUCGGCAUCUCCCUAAGCAGAGCACACCAGCCAGUGGAGUCCAAGGGUGCUCCAUGCCCGUAAGAGAAGAGACUUGGGGAAUGAGGACUGUUUCUUCUCCACGAAUCAACUCGACAUUGGCUGUGCCCUGACAACUGAUCGUAACUGAUAAUGACAGUCACUAUAUUUGCCCUGCGUUAGGUAUUAAAGAACUAGAAAACUCUACUAGUUGUUCUUUAGUAUUAUGUAAACAAGAAUUCUCUUACCGUGGUAUCUUUCUGUAUUGCCUGGAUUUGGGAAACAACGAAAUAAAACUACACAACCUGAUGCAUUUAAAUAAUCUACUCCCUGAGGAAGUCAAUACAGAUUAUUUCUCCCACAAUUAUAUUCAAUAACUUAUAAUGUGGGCUGGAGUGAUAGUACAUUGGGUAGAGCACUUGCCUUGCAUGUAGUCAGCCUGGGUUCCAUCCCUGGUGUCCCAUAUGGUCCACUUCACCAGCUGGAAGUGAUCCCUGGGCUCAGAGCCAAGAGUAAACCCUGAGCAUGGCCAGGUGUGGCCCAAAAACCCAAACAGAGUUAUAAUGUUUUUAUGAGACAUUUACAUUCUUCUGCUUCUUUUCCAGUCUCCAUAUGCAGUUGAUAAAUGAUACAGCUCGAUUUUACUACCAUUUUUGAUAGAAUAGUAAACGGAUAAUAUCAAAUGAAUUUACUCACUUAAGCAAUAUUUGACUAUUAUACUAUUCUUACUUAAAGAUAUUCUAUUUAUAUCAUUUUGACUUAUAGAACCACUUAAAAAUCACUGGCAUUUAUACCAAAUAGCUAAAAAAGCCACUGUGCAAGAUAUACAUUUCAUCCCUCUGGAGCAAGUGUACUGCCUUUAUGCUUUGCUAAUACUUUAAGUGAAUCGUAAUAGUGUAGAAACUAAUAGAAAUCUCAUCGAGUUGAAAAAGGAUGUCACUAUAACCGUUGUUUACUGAUUGCAAAAGAGAUUUUUUUUUCUUUUAGUUUUCCAGGCCAGUGCUGGGGGCAGAGAGAAGAGGGUGGAGUAUUAGGGCUACACCUGGUGUUUGGGUGGCCAUACAGUGUCAGGGACUGAACCCAAAAGUCUAACACAUGUAAGGAACAUUCUCUACCACUUGAGUUCCCUCUCCACUAACCCCUAAAGUGCUUGUGAACAAAGCCAUUCAUUCGCUCUGCAUGUAAAUCCUCAUCAUUUUAGGUUACUCGUUUACAUUUUGCCUUUGCAUAUUUGUUUGUUAGACUGAUUUGAUGGCAUGUGGCUGAGUGCUUUGAGAAAAAUUUGUUAGUCAAAUUUGGGAAGAAAAUUAAAUUUAUCAUCAGAUAUUGACACUGGACACAAAUGCUAAUUUGAGGCCCUGUUCCCCUCUCAGCAGCAGCACGUAGUGGUUUCUGUUGACUACUCAGGUGCAGGGAACUGAAUGGGGGCGUUUCUGUCCUCCUGGAUUAGAGUGGCCCGAGAGUGAGUUCUGGGAUAAAGCAGGGAGAUGGGGAAGAAGAAGAAUGGUUCAGCCUGGAAGACUAUAGGGAAACUAGAAUUAUUCAAGCAACACAAAGAAUUUUAUCAUUUCUCUUGAAAUGGUAAUUAACUUUGAAAAGUUACUCAUGGGUAAAAUUUGGCCUGAGCUCAUUUGUUUUUGUUCCUUUUUUUUUUCUUUUUGGGUCACACCUGGCAAUGCACAGGGGUCACUCCUGGCUCAUGCACUCACGAAUUACCCCUGGUGGUGCUCAGGGGACCAGAUGGGAUGCUGGGAAUUGAACCAGGGUCGGCCGCGUGCAAGGCAAAUGCUCUAUCCGCUGUGCUAUUGCUCCAGUCCCUGUGUUUGUUCUUUUGGGGGCCACAUCCACUGGUGCCUAAAGGUUACUCCUGUCUCAGAAUGCUGAGGAAUCACUCCUGGCAGAGCUUGAAGGAUCCCGCAGUAGUGGGAAUCAAAAUUGGGCCUUCUGCAUGCAAAGCACAUGUUUCAGUCUAUUGAUCUGUCUUUCUGGCCUUAGUCUGGGUUAUAUUUAAUACAGUCUGGAAAACGCUACAUAAAAGAGUCCUAUAAGCAAACUCAGACUCAACUCCAUAGUCAAUAGUAUUUCUGUAAACUAGGCUUUUUAUAAAAUAAACAUAAAUCAAAACAAUUUAAAAAAUUUUUUCUCUGGUACUAAAGGGGAAAAAGGGAACUCAUCUUUUCAUUUUUUUAAUUUUAAAAAAAUGUAUUUAAACACUUUGGUUCACAAAGUUGUCAUAAUACAGUUGUUUUAGGCAUUCAAUGUUCCAACACCAAUCCCACCACCAGUGUGAC